UCGUUCCGUUGAACCGAGGAACGAGAACGACGCCGACACUCGUGCGGCGUCCGCGACCGCUGCAACACGCGAACAUCCGUGCGCGAUCGCAACAUCCAGCGAACAUCCGCUGUCAUCCGCCCGCGUCGCGCCGCGCCACGCCACGCCACGCCACGCCACGCCGGCUCGUGUCAUGCUCGAUCGCGCCAGGAUCCACGGGGCCACGAGCGAUCCAACGAAACGUUGAAUGGAUCGAGCAGAUCCUGACCAUUGCGCCGCCGUCCCGUCGAUCUCGUCCCUUUUCUUGGAGAACGAUCGACCGGUGAAAGUGGACUCAUGAUCGCAGCCGCCUGUCUCCGCCGGAGAACAUCGCGUCGAACAAUUUCAAUUGGUUGGACCGCCCGUUUGAAUAUGCCCGAUCAGCCGAUUAAUUAACAGCAGACGAUCCGCGCGACAGCGAGGUUUCUGCUCGGCCGCCAGGCCGGUGAACAGAACGAACGGCGAUAGCGUUACUCGACACUUACGACGUGAACGAGAAACGACCGGGCGGCUCGGUUUGCCGUUAUCCCGCGAAUUAGCGCCGCGCGCCGGGAUUAAUUAAUUCGAGAAUCGGCGUGGCGAUAAUUAACGCGACAGCUGGAACCGGCCGGGAUCGAUCGGGGACCGAAUCAAUGCCGUUUCUCGGCCAUUACUCAGCCGUCGAAAACAUCGGUGACGAGGGCCAGGUGAAAACGGAUCGCCGAACUUGCUGAAGAAGGGGGAAAACACCCAUCUAUAAGGGUUCCCGUAGGUAGGACUAUCCGUAGUAUGAGAAACUUGGUCGGAGACGUCAGCGCAGACCGCGUCGAAGAAAAAACGGCGUGAGGAUGUUCGCCGACAGGUGAAAUAUCAACGGGAGCAGAAGUCCAGCGGCGGAUGGGAAAAGUCGAGGGGUUGCUAGGCCCUGUGGCGAGAUCUCGCGAGGUGUCCGAGAGUUUCCCGCGAGGGAAGUCGGCCUAACACGGAAGCGAAGGGUUUGGCUCGGGGAGCGGGGUGAUCGAUCCAGGGACAAAAGGGAAGAUAAACAGCCGGAAGGGCCGAGGGGGAGAAGAAUUCCUCGCGAGGAAAAAUCCGGUAGCCUUGGGAUAGAGACGUCUUAACGGUGGCGGCGGCACAGGCGGGAAGAACAUGGCCAGAUAGAAAGAAGAUUAAGUAGCCGGGACACGGAACGGUACAAACAAGGGCAAGCCUCGAAGCCUCGCUCGAAUGAGAGGGGCUCUCGCUCACGCUCUCUUCGAUGAGUACCCGCGCCGCGAGGAGGUGGAAGCAUGAGAUUUCCGAGUGGCUGUCUAUCCCCGGCUCGACAAAAGUACUACUCGGCUGCGCGUUACAUCGGCCACCACCGGCUCUCUCGUCACGUAUCCGGAUCAAUUGAGUGGCGAAAAUGGGUGCCAUCCAGUCGACUCGGAACAUGCCUACCCCCGGCGAAGAAGUGAACUUCGAUCACUUUCAAAUCCUGCGUGCCAUCGGGAAGGGAAGCUUCGGCAAGGUGUGCAUAGUGCAGAAGCGGGAUCGCGCCGGGAACAUGUACGCGAUGAAGUACGUCCACAAGGGCGAGUGCGCGGAGAGGGGCGCCCUGAAGAACGUCGCUAGGGAAGUCGAGAUCCUUUCGCAGCUCGAACACCCCUGUCUCGUUAACCUGUGGUUCAGCUUCCAAGACGAGGAGGACUUGUUCAUGGUGUCGGACCUGCUGCUGGGCGGCGACCUGCGCUACCACAUCCAGCAGGAAGUGGUUUUCACGGAGGAAAGCGUGGUGCUGUACGUGGCGGAAAUCGCGUUGGCCCUCGACUACCUGCAGGCCCACAAAAUCGUGCACCGCGACAUCAAGCCCGACAAUAUCCUUCUGGACGAGGAAGGACACGCGCACGUGACUGACUUUAAUAUUGCGACGGUACUGGAGUACGGCGAGUUGGCGACUUCGAUGUCAGGAACAAAACCAUACAUAGCUCCAGAAAUUUACAUGUGUUCUUGCGAGGAGUUUGGUGUCCUCGGCUAUGGUUUCGCAGUGGACUGGUGGAGCUUGGGGAUUCUAGCCUGGGAGACGCUCAGUGGGGAACGUCCUUAUCCUCUGCACUCCACCACGUCGCAUAGAGAAGCUUUGCGAAUCUUGCAGGAGGAAAGGCCGACGCCUACAGCUUGGAGUUCCUCGAUACGCGAUCUUCUUGACCGGUUGCUAACGGUGGCGCCGGGCGCGCGAGUGUCGACGCUGAAGGAGCUGAAGCAAGUGAGCGUAAUGAGAGACCUGGACUUCGAGAAGGUGUUGAACAAGCAAAUCAAGCCGACGUUCACGCCGCCGAAGGAUCAUCUUAAUUGCGACCCGACGUUCGAGCUCGAGGAGAUGAUCAUCGAGACGAAGCCGUUGCACAAGAAGAAAAAACGCCUGGCGAAGCAGAGAUCUCUGAAAGUCGAGCAUCCCCCGGAGGACUCCCUCGCGUUAGCGGAGGGCGCCGGACCGAGCGUGGAUCUGAGGAGAUUAGCAUUCAUCCCGGAGUAUCGCGCGUACAAUAGAGAACGCGAGAUGGAGAGGCAGGAGAGGGAGAGGAAGGAGAAACAGUGGGAGGAAGAGUUGAACACUGCCAUGCUGGGUGCGGAGGAGAGACUCAGGACGAAACAACAGCCGGCGCAGAGGACUGGAAACCGACUAUCCGUCUCGACAGCGAACGUCAAAACGCGGAUAAGUUCGUCCCCUCGGCAGGGAAGACGCGCAAGCACCGCGACGUCCUCGGACAUCGACUACAUCGACGCUAGUCCAGAGCCCUCGACAUCCUAAAUCCUAGGGAAAUAAUCCGAACGUGGAAAAGCACGCUUUUCUUCGAUGAGAAUGCUCCUAAAGCACGCCGGGGCCGCAUUGUCCUCGGAAUCUGGAUCCGUUCAGCUCGUUCCGAUGCGAAGAACCACGUGAACGGGCUUCUAGCCGGGAACCCGACUUGUCCAAGUCAAUUUCGACGAUUCCAGAACCAAGAAUUGUCCGGAAACGAAGUUACGGCACGAACCUUAGCUAACCGGGUGCUUGGACCUGUCUGCCGUACAACAAUCGACGAUAUCUUCGGUUCCGUGACUGCUACGGACCAAUGUGAUACUUGUGCUUUCACUAGGAGUAGAAUAGAGUAGUAGAGGAAUCAUUUGUUUCCUGUUACGAUACGUUUCCGUUUCGUCGGCGAACGGCUGUCUCCGAUAUCUUCAUUUUGUAUCCACAUGUAUCGUGUAAUCUAGAAAUGCCACCGUCUAUUCUAGGAAUGCCACCCGGUAGAUACUUCGAAACUCUUGACAACUCUUGUUACCCCGAUGAAAAUGACGUUAAUUGAUACAGUUACAACGAAAAGAACGAGGAAGGGUUCCCCGAGCAGGCAUCCGCGAACGUUCGGUUCGGUCGAACACGAUCGAGAGUUUGCGGCCUGUUCGCGCGAAUCCGCCCCGGCGCACAGAUAACGUGAUAAAACUAUAUGAAACACGGUUGUUGCAUUUUACUAAGGUUAAGUUAAGGUGCAAAGACGAAAACUGUUCUUUCCGUUUCUCACGAUUUUAUAGCCGAGUUCCCGUCAGACCUAACACCUUCUACUAGAUAAACGACAAGCUAUAUCUCUAUUUUACCUCCUACCUUGUGUACGCGUACAUCUCAAGGAAAAGUCUAUUGUUUAUUUUUAUAUAUGGAAUGGAAAACUCAAACCCGACCAAAUAUAGAGAGCCCUUUCUAGAGAGCACUUAAACGGAUGCGAAAGCAGCCGGAAGAAGGCAGGCUCGAAUCCGCGCGAUUUCCCUUCGUAUCUUCCCGUUUCGGAGAAGAUACGGGGGAAAUUUGCGUGAUUCAAAGGGGAAGCUCUGAACUUUCCGCGCUGCUUGCUCGUCGCUGAUCUAGAAAUGCAAAUCUGCGUAAUAGAAGAAUUCGAGAUAGAACAGCGCCCAGAAACCGUUACGAAUAUAACUCGAAUGAGAAAUCGUCGAGAAGUUCAGCGACCAGCGGAGUUACGAAUAUUUACGCAAUUGUAACACACCCCCCGUUAUCUCGAAUUCGGUACAAUAAAAUGUUUAAUAAAGUUCGACGAGA